AUGCCAGCACGCGAUGACGACGGACGAGGAUGUCUGUACAAGCUCGUAGUCCAAAAUUUCAAAAGUUAUGCUGGAUACCUUGAGAUCGGUCCAUUCAAAGAUUUCACAUGUGUGAUCGGACCGAAUGGAUCAGGGAAAUCGAACUUGAUGGAUGCAAUCAGCUUCGUUGUUGGAGUGACAGCCACUACGCUCAGAGGAUCGAGGAUUGCGGAUUUUCGAUCAAAUUUGAGCACUGCCAGUGCAUCUCCAACCUCUGUGUCGCUCUUCUACCGAGGACCUGAGAAGGGAUCUGGCAAAUUCGAUGAGAUUCAGUUCACCAGAACGAUUACUUCACGCGACACAAGCGAAUAUAAAAUUGACAAUAAGAAAGUCGACGAGAAAGAGUACCAGAGGAGAUUGAAAUCUAUUGGUCUGCUGGUGAAAUCUCGCAACUUCCUGGUUUUUCAGAACGAAGUCGAAGCGGUUGCCCAAAAGACCCCAAAACAACUCACUGAACUGCUAGAAAGAAUUUCUGGUUCGGAGGAUCUCAAGCAGCAGUACGAGGAACUUAUGGAGCAAAAAAGUGCUGCAUCUCAAACCGCUGUUGCAGUUUACAAACGCAGCCUUUUGGUCUCGAACGAGAAGAAACAGUGCAAAGAACAGGUGAAGGAGGCAAACACUUAUGAGAAGAUGCUCAACGACUUGAAUGAUCUGAAAACCCAUCACGUUCUUUUUGAUUUGUAUCAGAUUGAAAAGCAGAUCGAAAGCCACGCAACAGAAGCUGAAACCUUGGGAGAAAAGCUUGAAGAAUGCUCCAAAAAUUGCAAAGCAGUAUCCAAUGCAGCAGACAAAAAGUCGAAAAAAAAGGCUGAAAAGCAAAAAGAGUGGUCAGUGAUUGACAAGAAAGUUGAUGACCUUGAAAAGAAAGUGAAGAGUAUCCAACGACAAGAUCUUCUCAAGCUGUCAACAGAGAUAAGCUCAAGAAAAGCUGACAUCACCAAAAAUUCUGAGGAAAUGAAGAAUUCGAAAGAAAAACUCCAGGAGAUGACUCAAAAACUCAAGUCUGAAGAAAAAGAACGAGAUGACCUCGAAGCUGCUCUCAAGGAGAUUGAGUCCAAAAGCAAGAAAAGAGGUAUUGAUCUGGUUGGAGAACAGGUCUCGGAGUACAACCAGUUGAAAUCCAAAGCUUUUCAAAUGUCUCACAAAGCCAAAACAGCAUUGGAAAGGACAGAAAGGGCUGAUCAAGAAGCAAAACGUCAACUUGAGACAUUGGAAGUGUCAAUGAAGCGUUGUCAACAACGGAUCGAUCAUCUCAGCAGCAAGAUCAAGGAUGAGUCUGCAGUCAAUAGCAAGAAUCUGAACAAGCUGCAGGGGUUGAACGAAGAGAAGCACAAGUGCAGCAGCGAAUUGACGGAUGUCACAGCGAAAUUGAAGGACGAAUACGCCAGAAAGAAGGUCCUGGUAAACGAGAACCGCGAAUUGCAAGAAAAGAUUCGAGAGGCAAGCUUUGACCACCACCAGAAUCAAAGAGACGAGCAAUUUAAGAUCAGACUGGAACACCUAUCCAGCUCGUUCCCUGGUAUUCGCGGACGUGUGAUGGACUUGUGCAAAGUCCGCCAACGACAACAUGAGCUUGCAAUGGCGAUAACCAUGGAGGGUAAUAUGGAUGCAGUCGUCAUCGACAAGGAAGAAACUGCUCGUCGUUGUAUUGAGCAUCUGAAGGAGCAGAAAGCUCCAGCGAUGACGUUUCUUCCUUUGGAUACCCUUACUGCAAAACCUCCUGACGAGAGAUUGAGAAUGAUUCAAGGAGCUAAGCUUGCAUUGGAUUGUAUCGAAUACGAAAAAUCUGUGGAAAAAGCGAUGUGGUAUGUCACGGGCAAUACUGUCUUGGUACCUACAUUGCAGGAUGCAAAAAAUUUGGCAUAUCAGUCCCAAUCAGUUGGUUCAUUGAGAUGCAAGGUUGUAAGCCAUGAUGGUGCAUUGAUUUCAAAAUCAGGAACGAUGACGGGAGGAGACAAUUCACAUUUGCAAUCGAAAGCCCAACGAUGGCAAGCAAACGAACUCGAUAAGCUGAGAGAAAAAUUAGAAAAAUGCAGCAGAGAACAGGAAUCAGUCAGCAAAACAAUUGAAGUUCUGGAGAGGGCUAAAUUUGGCCUUGAAAAGAAGCUUUCAGAAAAUUCCGCCGAACUCACUGCGGCUCAAAGACUGAAAGAGAUCCACGAUAUUGACCAGAAAAAUUUGGAAAAGGAGGUGAAUAUUCACAAGAAACAACUGGAGACACUUGCUCCCAACAUCCAACACAUGAAACGAGAAAUCGAUUCGCAGAGAAAAACUCUUGAAGAAGACAGGGCUGCGCUUGACAAAAUCCAUGAUAUGGUUUAUCGGGACUUCUGCAAGAAGAUGGGUAUCAAGAGCAUCGCUGAAUUUGAAGGUGGAUCCUUGAAAGAACAGCGUGAAGUCCAAAGCAGAAUCAACGAUCUUACCCAGCAGAAAGCGAAAGUUGAAGGCGUCAUUGCCAAAUCCAAGUCAAAUUACUCUGCGUACGUCAAGCUGCUUGAGGACAAGAAGCAAGAAACAAAAAAACUUGAGGAAGAAAUUGCGUCUCUCAAAAGCAAAGAAGAAUCAAGCAAGAAGAAGAUGAAGGAAGCCAUGGAUGCAAAGGAAGAAGAAUUGAGAAAGCAAAAAGCAAUUAAGGAGGAGAUCGAUGAAAUUGAGAAGGAGUACAAGGAGAUUACCAAGGUUUUGAAAAAAGCUAAUGAAGAUCGUGAGGAAAUUUCAAGACAAUUGGAAAAGGCUGAAGCCCAGAUGCAACGAUUGCGGGACAAAAGAAAUGGAGUCUUUGAGCAAUGUAAAAUGGAUGAAAUCGAAAUUCCCACGAGGAAGAAAAAAGAUGGAAGCACUGAUGACGAUGAAGAAGACAACAUGGAUAUCGAAGCUGGUCAUAGCCAAACUGCCAAAGAGAUCAGACAAGAAGUGUUGCAAUCUCGCAUAGAUUUUUCGAAACUGCCAAGGGAGCAUAAGCGUGAUCUUGGUGAGAAAGACCAAGAAAAGAUACGGUCGGACCUUGAAGAGAAGCAAAAAAAGAUCAACGAAACGCUCCAGACGAUGAAUCCAAAUAUGAAGGCGCAUGAACAGCUCAAAGAGAUCGAAGAAAGAUACGAAGCUGUGCAGCAGGAACUGUCAUCUGCCAAACAGAAUUCGCAGGAUUUAACAAAGCAAUUCGAAGAUGUCAAGCAGAAAAGAUGCGAGUUGUUUAACAAAUGCUUCGACCACGUCAAAGGAUGUAUCGACGAGAUUUACAAGGAGCUCACAUGCGAUCCAACGAAAGUUGAACAGAGCGUUGGUGGAUCUGCAUAUCUUACCCUCAACAAUCAGGAGGAGCCCUACAUGGAUGGUAUUAAGUAUGACACCAUUCCUCCGGGCAAACGCUUUAUGGACAUGACUCAUCUCUCGGGAGGAGAGAAGACGGUUGCGGCGCUUGCGCUUCUUUUCGCCAUCAACAGCUACUGUCCAGCUCCCUUCAUCGUUCUCGACGAGGUGGAUGCAGCUCUAGACGCUCGCAAUGUGGCAAAAGUCACUCGUUACAUCCAAUCGCGAAGGCACGAGCAGCAAUGUGUAAUCAUCUCUCUCAAAGAGCGUUUCUACGAAAAGGCAGACGGGCUGGUUGGCAUAUGCAGAGACAUAACGGGAGGUCACAGCAACGUCUUUACGCUCGACCUGUCCAUGUAUGAGGACGGCAUUCAGUGA